UUAAAAAGUGCUGUCAUUAGUGGAAGCGCAAGUGUCUGAGAGUGCAAGUCUGUAGCCAGAGCCUUCUCCGUUAUAUUAUAAUACAACUGUAAUACUGACUCUUCACUGAGUACCAAAAGUGCAUAUGCUUCCUGUGCAUGGUUUCUAAAAGAAUGGAAUCACAAAAAAAGUUGACUGGCACUUAUCUAUACCACAGAUUAUACUAAAAUUUGGUUAAUGUGCAUGUACUGUACAACUCCAACAUGUUUGAUUAACUUCACAAGAGUGAAUGUCCUUCGAGUGCACUUUGGGCAAUGGUACAGUUGAGGCAUGAGAAUCUAAUACAAGAGGCAAAUCAUUCAGAGUAAUGUUACGGACAGUGCUUGUCUCCAUCUUCUUAUGUUGAAAAUGUCCCUCUGAAGGAAAGUCAGUAGUGUCUUUCUCAGGUGUGGUGGAUAUGCAAUGUUGAAAACAAAAUAGAUCCUUAAAUAAUAUAUGAACCGCUGAUUGGCCGACAAAGUAAAACUUCACCAAUGAGAAACCUUUCUGCACGCCCAUUGCUCCAGGAUGCAGCUACGUCUUGCAAAAUUUGAAUUUUUUUAUGUCUGAAAAAAAAAAAAAAAAAAGGUAUUAAACGGGUUAUUCAUGGUUUUUAUGUAUGACUGAACACUUUUGGAUGUUUGUCGGGCAAACGAUGUGGGAGAAGUCAUAAACGAUGUAUUUAACAUCGAGAAAACGCUCACUUUCUUCUACACGCAGCAGCCUCCUCCCACAAAUACGUCAUCUUGUUUACAUUCGUCUGUCAAAACACAAACAGACAUACUUUUGAUUCAAGAGCAUCUGCAAUAUUUUUAAAGAGAAGGAGUGAUGGCAUUUUUCGUUUUCUUCCCAGUGUGGGUUUUACUGCUUGGUGCAUCAUGCAUCGAUGCAGACAAGAUGUCAUUGUUUGUGAAUGAGGGCGAUUCAGUCACUCUACACACUGAUGUUAAAACAAACCAGCAUGAAAAGAUUAAAUGGUUUUUUGAUGACACCCGCAUCGCUCAAAUCAGUGGAGAUCUCAGUAAGAUCUGUACAGAUGUUGGGUGUAAUGAAGAGACUGAGAGAUUCAGAGACAGACUGAAACUAGACGAUCAGACUGGAUCUCUGACCAUCACAGACAUCAGAACCACUGACUCUGGAAAAUAUAAACUGCAGAUCAUCAGCAGUAACAGCAUGAGUGAAAAGAUCUUUAGUUUCACUGUCCAUGAUGUUCCUGAUGCCGAGACGGAUAAAAUGAAGACCAAGUCAGUGAAGGAGGGAGAUUCUGUCACUUUAGAUUCCGGUGUAAUAAAAAACCCAAAGGAUUUGAUAAUGUGGUAUUAUAAUGACACUCAUAUAUCUGAAAUCGCUAGAGAUCCCAGUAAGAUCUGUACAGGCGAUGAGUGUGAAGAUGCUGACGGGAGAUUCAGAGACAGACUGAAACUGAACAAUCAGACUGGAUCUCUGACCAUCACAGACACCAGAACCACAGACUCUGGAGAUUAUCAUCUUGAGAUCAUCACCAACAGCAGCAGCAUUCGCCGCCAGUACAGCAUUGACAUUAUCAGUGAAAAGAGCUUAAGUGGAACUGGCUCUAAUGGGAUUGUGUUUUUUCUUGCUAUGGCAGGAGCAUGUCUUGGUGUUCUGCUGGUGGUUGCAGGUGUAACAGGAGAGUGUCGCAGAAAGCUUGCCAGUGUAAAGAGUUUCUUCUAUCCAAAGACAAAUCAAACAGCUGUCCUGUAACUGCUUAUGAAUCAUCUUAUAAUCUACAGUGAAAAGCCAUAAAGUGACAUUUCCAAUAUUCCUUGUGACACUUCACUAUAUAUACAGCAUAUUCCUACAUAUUAGGUAUGUGCUGUACAGGUUUAUGUUACAUCUUAUGUUGUUAAAUGAAUGUUUACUGCAUUAUAGUGUCGUGUGUGUUCCCAUGAUGGUGAUUUCUGUUUGUGUAUGUAUAGCACUGUGCACUUUAUGUAUUUUUUAUAUGUAUUAAGGUUGUGGAAAAGCUAACCGUGAUGAACUGGUGGAUGGUGGUUGUCAGUAUUUGUUAAAAAUACCAAAUCGAUGUUAAUAACAGUGUGUCCUUGUUAAUUAAGCUUCUGGAGGGAUCAUUUUAUUAUUAUUAUUAUUAUUAUUAUUAUUAUUAUUAUUAUUUAAUCUAAGUUAAAAUAUACGGUCACACUUUAUUUUAGGGUCCAAUUCACACUAUUAACUAACCCCAUUAACUAUAACUUUUGCCUCAAUUAAUUCCUCAUUUGAUGCUUACUUAUAGUUUCUAAGGUAGUUGUUAAGUUUAGGGAAUUGGGUAGGAUUAUGGAUGUCAUGCAUUAUAUGUACUUUAUAAGCACUAAUAAACAGCUAAUAUGUUAAUAAUAGACAUGCUAAUAAGCAGCUAUUUAUCAGUGUGAAUUGGACCCUAUACUAAAGUGUUACGAAAUAUACAAUUUUCUCUGUAAAUGUGUUGACAGAUUAUACUGCCAACCGUAGUAGUUUUUUUUUUUUUUUUUUUUUACAGUGCAUACAAUUCUGUCAAUCAUUUAGCUUCAUGUGUAAUAUGUGUUAUGACUUGUAAUGUGCAUUAAAAAUGGGUCUGAGUGCAAUCAACUGAAACAAGUAUAGGCUAAAUUUGCAUUUAUAAUUUCAUAUGGAUAAUGUGAACCAUGUAGCAUACUGUUUGUAAUAUAUACAUAUUAUAUAUAUUUUUUUCAUAUUAACAUACUUAUUUGCUCUUCAUUUCUGUUUAAUUGUAAACCUCAAAUAAAACAUUUUCUUAA